UAGGCGGCUGGCGGCGGACGUGCGCGCGCUCGCCCUCUCUCUCGCUCUCUCCCGCCGCGCCCCGGCCAUACACGUGUGAGUCCCUGCCGCUCGCCCUUUUCGCGCUCUCUCGCUCCUCCUUUCAUCAGGCGACCACAAAAAUGUCAGAGGAGCUGCAAGCUGAUUUUGAGGGUGGUGAUUCCGGUGCCUCCAAUGUGUACCCCGCACAGUGCUCCUCCCUUCGUAAGAAUGGACACGUCGUGAUCAAGGGCCGUGCCUGCAAGAUUGUAGAAAUGUCAACCUCAAAAACUGGCAAACACGGUCACGCUAAGGUACAUCUGAUCGGUAUUGACCUUUUCACCGGUAAGAAAUAUGAAGAUAUCUGUCCUUCAACCCACAACAUGGACGUGCCAGUGGUCAAGCGUGCAGACUACCAGCUGAUUGACAUCUCUGAUGACGGCUACCUUAGUCUUAUGAAGGAUACGGGUGAACUGCGUGACGAUAUUAGAUUGCCUGAUGGAGACUUAGGCGCUGACAUUAAGAACAAGUUCGAAAAUAAUGAAGACCUUCUGUUGACAGUCCUGGCUGCUAUGGAAGAGGAAAUGGUAGUUGCUACCAAGCCAAAUAUGAAGUAAACUCCUUCCAGAAGUUGCUACCAUCUACACCACUACACCACCUUCACAACCAGCCAUUAGCUCAUUAAAGUAUAUAUUUUUUUCCUAUUAGACCCAUAUAACAGGGUUGAUGGUUGACACCUGUGAUCAUUCUACAAUGGUUUGGUAUGUCAUUCUACAACAAUUUUGUAUUUCGUGGGGAAGGAUAUGGUGUUCUAUCUUACCUACCUUUGCUUUGUCCAUGGCCACCUGUUGUAACUUUGUUUGGCAGUAACUAAUUGGCCUUGGAAGAAGUGGAGAGAAGGAGCCAUAAGCCUCAUCUUUACUCAUAAUUCAUGUCCAACUGGACAUCAUGUUUGUUUGAGUGUUACAGCCACAACCAUCCAAGUUUGUGGUCAUUUUUUUUUUUAAUUUGUUGUGGAGGGGCAGCAUAUGUGACACCAAUUCAAACAACCUUGCGGCCCAGUAUAUUGAUCUGUGACCAAAUAAGGAAUAAAUGGUGUAUUGUUUAUAUGGCGUUUGAUUGUUCAAUUGAUCCAAGCUUCAGUGCAGGAGAGCCUUUUCCUUUUUUACAUUAUCAUAGAAUAUGGGCCCAUUACUUGGGUUUAAAGAAAUGCUUUUAUCUAACUUGUUUUUGUACUUCAAUGUGCAUAAUUAAAUAUGCUAAAUAUUAGAAUAAAAAUUUACAACCAUUCCAGUGUUAA